AUGAAAGUCACUGUUUGCAUUAAUGAUGUUAAAGUGGUUGUUCCAUGUGGAAAUGGAAGCAUUCUAAUCAGAGAAUUAGCAGAAAUGGCUCUUUUAAGAUUUCAAAAGUCCACUUCCUCCUUAAUGCAUACAAAAGGUGUAGAUCCAAGUAGUCCACAAUGUACAGGAAAUCAACUGAAAUCUGUUGAACAGGAGAAACACGACAGCCGCUUAAACAAUCAAACAUUUCAAAGGAAAAUGAACCAGUCAGAUGGAGAUUGUCAGCUACAAACAGACAAUUCACAUAAACUGACUAUCGACAAUGACUAUGAAGUGGAUACACUGACAUUAGCUCGUGAUGGUGGCAUCCUUGACUGGGAUGAUCGAGUUGCUGAUGUCCUAGAUGAUCGUGAACUUUUAAUUGUAAAUUUUCGUAAGAAAUCGUCGAAUGCCUCAUCAGCGCAGUCUUCAGCAGGUCCAGCAACACUUACAACAACAACAACAGCUACACCAGUAGCACAGAAUGAGGUACAACAAAAGACGUUACAAGAAAAUUACAAUAUCAGUGAUGAUAAUGACGAUGACGUGACAAUAAACAAAUCUAGACAAUCUUACUAUCGACCAGGAUACAGGAGUAAUGAUAGGGCAAUCGAUAGAAAUCCGCACGCACCUCUCUCUGUAAAUAGUGAUUUCUAUCAAUCACCAAUAACAUGCGGUAUUGGCAAAAUUAUAUGCGAUACUGGUGUCACCUAUAUUCAUUCACAUUCACCUCUGUCGGCAUCAUUAUCAUCAUCAUCACCGCAUCCUCGACAAUUUCAACAAUCCCCAGAAUUACCAGCAUCGACAUCAACACUGACUGAUACGAUGAAACCUCCACCGCCUCCAUUGAGAUAUUCAGAUCAUCGACAUAGAUCAUCACCUACAAUGAAUACAUCGUGUGAUUGUUGUCAAAGUAAUGCAUGGAAUAAUACUGAUGAUGAAGACAGCAGUAGAACAGGCCGGAUAAAUCGAUAUUAUCAAAAUGUUAAUCCAAGCAUUGAUUAUCAGCGUAAUUUGCCAUCACUAUCAUAUCCUGUAACAACAUAUAUUGGUGGCUUAGAAUACGAAUUGUUGACAUCACAAACACCAGCUGCAUUCAGACCACCCACUUGUUGCUGUUGUAUAUCAACAACAACAACAACAGCACUGUCCACAGUGAAUAACAGACAGACAUCUGUCCUGUGCACAUCACCAUCAUCAGUGAAUAGAGGUAGUCGACCUGCUCCGCCACCGCCGCCUCCGCCUCCAGCUCCUUCAUCAUCUACAUCAUCACAACAGACCUUGGCAGUCAUCUCAUUACCGCCGUUGGCACAACCCUCUAUGCGGACGUGCGCUAAUCGAUCCAGUCAGCCUACGACAGCGGAUAACAGCGCUAAUCGACAAAUGGUAAUGGACAAUAACGUUUACGAAGAGAAUAGUUCAACUACACAUCUUGAUAGGACUGGAAGACAACAGGUCAGCAUAGACGCUCAUUGUUUUGACAGCAUUCAUGAUAAUUCACAAGACGCCAGAAUACAUCGGAACCCCAUUCCAAAUAUGUCCUGUUCAUCUGGAAGCUACUCCCCUCAAUCAAUGAAUAUCGAUCGUUGUCACGACAAUCUACUGUCAUAUACUCCAUUGGCGUUUACAAGUCAAACACCACAGCUGUCGCCGCACAUACCUCCAUCAUCUGCCUUGAAUGAUUACCAACUGUCAGGUAUAUUAUCAUCUAAUCUGGAUCCUUCUUUGGAUGAUUUGAAUAUCAUUAAUAACAAUAAUAAUAAUAAUGGGAAUUCUCUUCUCAUGGAUACCUCAUUCUUAUCCACUGUACCUGAAGAAGAUACUGAGCUAACCAGUUCCAGUAAGACAACACCAAAACAAAGUCCCUGCAAACAAAUCUAUGUGUUGAAGCGUAUAGAACAAGGCGAUGGUCACGAUGAUAAUGACGGUGGUGGUCGUGGUGGUGGUGGCGGUGUUGUUGUACACAGUUCAUCUGAGUCCUCAUCACCAAUUACUGUACGGCGAACUCCACAUUCUGCUCAACAAAAAACGAAAGAAACUGACAACUUCACUUGUCCAUCCUGUCAAGCGUUUUCUGAUACUGCUGCUGCUGCUGCUGCUUUCGAAUCAACUUCGUCAUCUUCAACACUAUCCAAAGAACAGUAUUCAUCAUCGUCACCGCCACCAGCACCGUCGGCGGCACCCGUAGUUCAAGAUAAUUCAUCAACACGAGUCAACAGAAAACAAAAACGAUAUCGUAGUUCCAGAGCACCGGCACCACCACCCCCACCUCCACCUCACCCUAAGCUGGUAACAUCAUCAUCUGCGGCACAGUCUUCUCCAGCUACUUCUAUUCCACAGGGACAUCAGCUGACACCACCGCCUCCGCCACCACCUCCUAGAUCCUCACGUCAUGAUGAUACACCUUAUACAAGUGAAUCAGACAUGGAAGAACAAAAUUAUAAAAAUAUGCCGCCAAGAAGUAGACAUCAUCAGCACUGCAAACUGUCGGAUUCUUCAUCCAGUCCUAACUCUCUCAAUGCUCACGAAGUAAAUCGUAACUCUAAAUAUGAAACAUCAAUGGUGAAUUGUAUUCAUCCCUAUGAACACAAUCAACAAAGAGGAGAUCAACACAAACAUGAUCAUCAUAAAUCUGCUCACAACACUCCCUGUCCACUACCAUCAUCUUCAUCCUCCUCACCGUCUACAUCACUGAAAUCCUCAUCAACAACUUUAUCUAGAAUACCGCCGACAGCAGAUGUUUGUCAGCUAGUUGGCAAUUCACAACAAACAUCCACAACAUCGAAUUCAGAAGAAAAUCAAGUAAAUUCUUGCCUACAAAGAUGUCCACAUUGUAAUGAAAUUCAAAAUGAUAAAAAUAAUCUGGUGGAUUCUAACACUACGACAGCAGGAACAGCAGGAACAACAACAGUCAUGCGUAAACCAACUCCACCGAAACGAUCGCCAAAAACUACAUUAACAAGUUGUAAUACGCCUACAAAACCAGAUGAAUCAUCCCUCAGUGAUGAUCAAUCGAGAAUGAAAAUGUCUCAAGCUCAAAAUUCUUCCGUCCAUAAUGAUGCUAUUGAGAAUGAAAAUCAACAAGUUUGUUUGAAUAGAAUCGAUGACAGUAACCGAAGCCGAAAUGAAAGUCGAGUGACUACCGUAACUGCCAGUCCCACUGCUACGGCUACUCCUAUGAAUAUCGUCAACAGUAGUAGCAGUUAUCUCUGUGAAGCCAGUGAACAACAAAGAACUGCCACCACCACGACCGCCACGAACACCACCCCAACUAAAACUCCCACGAAAGAUAAACAUCCAUCUCAUUCCUCCCCAUCUGCACACAAUACAAUUAAUCAUCGUAUAGAGAAUGCAGCUAUGAGUCAACUGCAUUCAAUGAAUAACUAUUGUCCAUGCAAUUUAACACAUCAUGGAGAUGCUGAUGCCGAAGUCAUCCAUAUGACUGAAUUGUUAUCAAAGCGAAGAGAAUCAGAAGCUCGUCGACAUCUACUACUAGCUGAAAUGGAAGCUGGUCUAGAAAGAGAUGAUCGUCUGAGAGCAGCUGCUAAUGCAAUGGCACUGGCUGCAGUCACUAGUAUUACUACGCCAUCAGAGAUGCUCAAUACGCAUAAAAUGGGCAUAAAAUGCUGUCAGUGUGAUUAUCAUAAUACUGCUGGCAAUACUACGAAUACCACUCCUACUAACGCAUAUAAUAGUAGUCAAAAAUACUUACUUUCUUCACAUCCUCAUUUACAAUCAUCAGUAGAUACCAAAUUAUCAGAUUAUAAUGAUAUGACACCACCACCACAGUUAUCAUCUUGUUCAUCUUGUUAUUGCUGCUGUCCACCGGAGUGUAUCAAAGAGGAAGAUAUUUUAAUAGCAUUACAAAAAUCCUCCUCCGGUUUAGGAUUCAGUUUAACUACAAGAAUUAUAAAGCCAAGAAAUCCUGUCGUAUCGACUGAUCCGUCUUCCACAACAGGAAUAACACCAACUUCAACAACUCCAUUGAAAUCGACAAAUCCCAAUGAAGCUUUAUUUGCUGUUUGUGUCAAAAAUAUCCUACCAGAUGGUCCAGCUAUCAAAGAUGGACAACUGCGUAUUGGUGAUAGAUUGAUUCAAAUUGAUCACUUGGAUGUUAUAGGCAAAACUCAAGCUCAGAUAGUUUCUAUUCUCCGGAUAAAACCUAUCGGUAGUAUUGUCAAUCUCUUAGUACGUCGUCAAGUACAUUUGUGUCAGUUGAGCAAUUCACAAGAUUAUCAUCCUACAUGCAGUUGGUUAAACCAAUCCAAUUGUAUAUGUCAAUGUCCUAGUGUUGUUAAUCAAUUAUCGUCUAGAAUGUUAAAAUGUUGUAAUCCUGCUUCAGGAAAGCCACCCAUAUGGUUUGAAUGUCAAUCAGAUAGGAUAACACGAAAGUGUACUUCUCCACCGUUGCCAAUCACUUCAUAUUAUGAUGGAUGUACAAAUUUUGAACGUGUUUAUCAUCCAAAUUAUCCGCCUUAUCCAGACGUGAUUCUACUUCGGUUAUACAUCCCUCUGAUUCCUGUUGGUGAAGAGAACACCGAUGGAAGUAAAGCCUUAUCCACUUCGAGAUCAAAUACUACCACCACCAGCACUGAUACCCCUGCUGGUAGUAACAAUCCUAACACUACGACAAUCUCUGCAGCAGGAUUACGUCAAAUGCGACUUGGCGUCAGUGUCCGAGAAUCCAGUUCAUCGAGAACAAGUAAACUGAAUGAGCUGUCACAGAAUACGAUAAAAAUGAUGAAACCAGGUACAAAAUCUUCCAGUGAUGAUAAAGCCAGUUAUACAUUUUCUUCAUCAUCAUCCUCGUCAACAUCAACAUCGACAUCAUGGGCUGAUGCAUGUCUUGCUGAUUCUAUCUACGGUGGUGUUAUUGUUAAAUGUGUUAUUGAAGGUGGAGCAGCGCAUAAAGAUGGUCGACUUCAAAUUGGCGAUGAAUUAUUAGAAGUCAACGGAGUGAUUCUAGUCAACGUCAGUAACCCCCUGAGUUUGUUACGUUCAGUUCUACGCAAGCUAACAUCUAGCAAUGAUAAUAAAAAUAGCAGUAAAACCACUGGAGAUGCUAAUAACAGUAAUACACUAGUAAAGUCAUCCAGUCUAACAGGUCCAGUACUAACAGGAACAUCAAUUAACGAGAAUGAAAGUGGCAAUGACCGAACCCCUACUCAGAGACCACGCACUACAGAGUCAACUGGUGAAGAAAAGUGUGAAUCCGCUCAACCGAAAAUUGUCGACUUACUGAUAGCACGAUUAACACGACAUCGAAGAUCUGCUUCCGGACAUACUCUUGCAUCAAAUUCUGAAUAUGGCUCAGAGGCAUCAACAACCAGUACAGUAUUAACCGCGACUCCAUACUAUUUUCCAUCUCAUACUACUAACAAUACUACUGAUAAUAAUCAUAAUAGACCGAGUUCUGAUUCCCCAACUGUUAGUCAAGACCAACAAAAACACCCUCCACACUCUCAUCAUCCCCAGCAACAACAACAACAUCGUAACAGGGCGAAUUAUACUACUAAUACUUCAACUUCAUCAGUAGUAACAUACCCCAGGGAGAAUGACUAUUUGAAUAAGAACAGUGCUAAUAUCCGUGAAGAUAUAACAAGCAGUAAUAAUGAAACAACUCGAGUAAAAGCUGAAAUACACUCAGUUAAAGUGGAACACCAAGAGGAUAUUGAUCAUGACGAUGAUGAGAUUAUAAUAACUUCGAGCAAUACUGGUGGAGCAAAUGAAUAUACUGCGAAUAAUUCAUCCAAGAAACAAUAACAGUAAUAAUAAAGAGAAUAUUUUAUCUUAUAUUUUCUAUCAAUUUUAAAUGAGCUACAAUCGUCAUCCGAGACAACUAACCACUCAACCACCCACCCACCCACCUAACUACCUACCUACCUACCUCAUGGAGACUAUUCAUCAAGAAACCUGCAUGCAUCAUUCAUCAACCUAUCAACCAACCAACCACACCGACGAAUUUUCAAUUUCCCUCGUCAUACCUAAAUGCUCAAAGUAUUUAUAUUUUAAGAAAAGAACCGGCCAGGAGGCGGCAGACGAAGAGGCACAGGAAAAUCAUCACUCAAUAAUAAUAAUAAUGAUAAUAAUCUAAUUCACCAAAUUAACAUUCCUAUUACUGUUAUUAUUAUUAAUUAAUAUCAAAGAGUCACCUCUUCCUUGACUCUUUCAUGCAUUCGCUGUGUGUGUGUGUGUGCAUGUGAGUCAGUGAUAACUUGUAAAAUUGUACAGAUAGAUCAAUAUCCCUACUUCUACUACUAGUAGCAGUAGUAUUUACUAUUAUUGAUUGAUGAAUACUGCUCCUUUUUCUUCGUCAUUACACAAUUUAAUCUCAUAACUUAGCAUUCUCCAUUCAUCCUAUUCAACCGUGUUACAUCUUACGUUUACAAUUACAUCUUUUUACAUCUUUCCCUCCUACAAUGUGUUUCCACUUCCCACCAUUUCAU